AAACGUCAUGGCUGUUACAUCGGCUUUUAGCCAAGGCACAUUUUUAGUUAAGUUGUAAACAGUAGAAAACUUAAAAUUAUUUAAAAUGUUCUGGCUGUAUGCACAUUUUAAUUAUUAUCGGAUUCAAAUAUUAAAUCAAAUUUAUGGAAAUAUUAAAGUUUCAAUCUACAUUUACACAAUUUUAAAGUAUAUCUUCAAAAAGUCUCCAUUUUGCAACAAUGCCAUCUUGAAGUGUUUAACCUUGCUUCUGGCCCCAAUUGUAUUCACAACAAUAUGGCUCUUAAAGCUUGUCAAAACAUUGAUUGCAUGUUGGGUGGCCUUCACAGAUCCACAUUAUAUUGGCAUGCUGGAUGGGACCGAAACGAUUUUCAUUGGACAGGAAUCAAAAGAAAGUCGUGCAAUUAUAACAACUUUGUUUAUUUUAGAAGACAAAGAAAACCAACAUUUAUCCGGUGAUGACUUUCACGAUUUUUGUGUGGAAAACAUUACCAGAAUUUUUGAGAAUGAAAUGUUUCGAAAACUUCAGGCCAGUGUACAAUAUAAAUUGGGAUAUUUCUACUUCAAGAAAGAAAAUUGGCCAAUUCACACUUGUUUCAAAGAUUUUGAUUAUCAAAGUGUGCAUUAUACAGAUAAUAACAUGAAUAAUGUUUAUAUUAAACAUCAGGAGAAGAAAUUAACAAUGGAACAAUUGAGAUUGUACGUAAGUGAGGUUAGCAAUCAAGAAAUGCCACAAAAUGGCGCCUGUAUGUGGGAAGCACGUGUUAGCAGGCAGAAACUUGAAGGAACCAAUGCAUAUCCAAUUAUUUUACGUUUUCAUCAUAUUUUUGGAGACGCCAUUACGUUAUUCAACAUGUUUACAACUGAUUUUCAAAAACAAAAUAAAUCAACUUUAAAACAAAAUUAUGAAGUAGAGGUUAGGUCAUUAGACGCUACUUAUACCCAGAACCCAUUUAUAACAAUGAAUGGCCUCGUAGAUCCACGCGACUCAAAUGUUUUGUGCCAAACAAGCGGAGACAAGCACAUAGUGUGGUACACUGAAGAAACACCGCAGAUUCUAUCCACAAUUAAAGAAAUCAAACAAAAACAAAAAAUCAUCUAUAAUAAUAAUAUCAAUGUGGUUGAUGUGCUUCUUACAUGCUUCAUGGAAAGCCUAACAUCAUAUUUUAAUAAAAUGAACAUCAAUCUACCGGAUAAAGUGUACACUGUGUUGCCUAUGAUGCCACCGCAUGGUAAUUACUCUGCGUAUGGCAGGGUGACCAACUACGAAAUGAACAAUAAGAUUUCGAUUGGUUUUUUGAGGCUACCACUAAAAUUAAGUGACAAUUUCAAUGAUAAUACAUUAAUUCAACGUUUAAAUCUAAUAAAACACGAAUACAAUGUGUUUAAAAACAUUUCAUUAGAUUACUGGUGUAAUCGAUGGCAGGGCACAGUGGUAUUGACAUUACUGCCGUGGUUUGCUCAGAAAUGGUUCAUAAAAAGAUAUGGCACAUCGUUAAUGGUGAGCAACAUUCCCGGAUGUGACAGUUUAGAGUUUUUCGGGCGUUUGAAGGUCAACGAGUUUGUGUUUAUUGAUCCAAACACUUCAAUUUCAGGUGUGAGUUUGAUGAUAACAUCGUAUGAAAAACGCUUGAAUUUUGCUUAUACAAUUGACAAAGCGGUGAUUCCCGAUGUUGAAGAUGUCAAAAACAUCGCAAUUGAUUUUAUGCAUAAGUUAAAUACUCUGGAAGAAAUUUUAAAGUAG